AUGACGGAAGGCAGCGAGGCUUCUUCCUCUGAUCCGACUGCGGGAUGUGAAGGGGGAAAAGAAACGGGUCCGCCGGGAGCGAUGCGAGCAGCAGUUGCGACGAGUCUAGAUUUUUGGUGGGUUUGCUCGACGGAAGAAGAAGCGGAGGGUGCGAGGGGUUCGAUCAGUGGGAAGGGAGGGUUCCGGUGUGGCCGAAGAGAAGGAAAAAGGAGAAAUGGCUUCGGUCUCGGUGUAUAUCGACGAGCAAUAGGGAGAGGGACAGCCUCCCUCCGGCGAUUUGCAGGGAAAUCGAUGGGUGUUUGUUCUUGUGUUCUUGACUGGAACUGGUUCAGAAUGAAAGGAAACAUGGAGGUUUUUGGGUUUGAUUCAUUUGACAGUCCCGAGGAAGAGUUCAGGUGA